AUGAGUGAAAAACAUUCUCUAGUAUGGAUCGACUAUGUAAUAAUUGUGAUAACAUUAUGCGUGAGUUCUGGAGUUGGCUUCUAUUACAAUUUUACAGAACGUCAAAAAAAUGCCCAAGAAUAUUUUACUGUUGCUGAAUCUAUGAGUGCUUUUCCAAUUGGUAUAGCAAUGAUGGCAGUAAUUAUUUCACCCAUAACUACCUUAGGCUUGGCAUCAGAAAUUUACACGUACGGAAUGCAAUUUUCUGCAUAUGUUUUAGGGCUUCUUAUAGCGAUGUCUCUUAUUGGCUAUCUUUAUAUUCCUGUGUUUUAUAAACUUCAGGCUACCAGCAUGAACAUGCAGCUUAAGGGAGCAGCACCCGACCGGCAAGCGGAAGUUCUCUGUAUCGGUGGAAUUAAAGCUGUUAUAGUUAGUGACAUUUUGCAAGGAGUGCUUAUGAUUGGCGCAGACAUAAUCAUUCUUGUAAUCACUAUACCAAUGUUGGGAGGCUUUGAAGAAAUAGUGCGAAUUUCUGAAGAAGGUGGCCGAAUUCAAUACGACAAAUUCAUUUUUCAAGGUGUAUUCUUCGCAAGUCUCAGCACAAUAUCAGCAAUUUCAAACUCUUUAGCUGCUAUCUUCUUGGAAGAUUAUUUAAAACCAGUGUAUAAAAAAUCUAUACAGCAAGAAAUUCCCAAGUCCAGAGAAUUAAUAAUUGGGAAAAUUCUUACAUUCGUGAUUGUAGUUGGCAUUAUAGGAACGGCUAUUGUAGCUCAAUAUCUUGCAGGAAUUUUAGAAGGCUCAUUAACCGUUUCUGUUUUAACAAAUGGCACUGUUUUUGGUUUAUUUACUUUGGAGAUGAUUUUUGAAUCAGCAACAGAACGGGGAGCAAUUAUAGGGGUUUUUACAUCUAUGGCAUUCUGUACUUGGAUGGCAACUGGAUUUCCAAGGCCAACAUCAUCACCAAAACUGCCAAUAUCCAUCGAUGGUUGCAAUGCCAAUAUUGAUGUCAAUGAUAUUAUUGAUUCAACUUUUAAUCUUCCCAAUAAUGAAACACUGGAAUCAAAAAUGGGGUAUUCAAACUAG